AUGCCAUGGUGCAGACAACGGUCACUCUGGGAUCAGAAAUGGAACAGUAUUGUCUUUAGUGACGAGUCUCGAUUAUGUUUAGGCAUGCACGAUGGUCGUGCCAGGGUUAGAAGGCGACGUGGUGAAAGGAGGAAUCCACAGUUUUUUGUUGAAAGACAUGUUCAUCACACUGUUGGAGUUAUGGUUUGGGGUGCUAUAGGUUAUGGUUCCAGGUCACCUUUAAUCUUCAUCAGAGGUAACAUGAACGCGCAGCGUUAUAUCCACGAAGUUCUAGAACCCCAUCUUUUACCCUAUCUAGACACCCUGGCAGAUCCAACUUCCCAACAAGAUAAUGCCCGACCACAUGUUGCAAGAGUCACAAUAGACUUCUUUCAACAUAAUGAUGUCACAUUGUUACCAUGGCCACCAAGAUCUCCCGACUUAUCCCCAAUUGAGCACGUGUGGGAUAUGAUGGGUAGGAGAUUGCUCAAUUUGCAACGUUCUCCUCAGACUCUAGAAGCACAUCGAGAGGAAACUGGCCGAUACGACCGCUCCUUUGUCCCGAGGGUAACAUUUUCGCGCCAUAAUUUAUUAUACAACUUUCAGAGACAAUUAUCGCAACAAGAAUGCCUAGCUGAGUUACUGUCUGUCUUCGGCAACGAAGCGCCACAUCAGUUGACAAUUACCCGUUGGUAUGAAGAAUUCAAACGUGGACGGGUGAGUCUUAGCGGCGAUCCCAGGGUGGGUGCACCAAAAACGGCAGUCAUCCAGGAAAACGUCGAUGCCGUGCGCAAACUCAUCAUUGAAGAUAGACAUGUGACAUAUCGCGAGAUUGAGGCGUCCUUGAAGAUCUCAAAGACCUCAAUUCAAAAAAUUUUACAUGAAGAAUUAGGAGUAAGAAAAUUAGUUUCUCGUUGGAUACCCCACCUGUUGACUGAAGAGCAGAAAGCAGCCAAGGUUAAUUGGUGUCAAAAAACGCUUGGCCGUUUCAAUUCCAGAAACUCAAAAAAUGUGUACAGCAUUUUUAGUGGUGAUGAAUCGUGGAUUUACUGUUAUGAACCAGAAAAUAAACGACAGUCGGCUGUUUGGUUCAUCCGUUCUCGAAGUGUUUCGAAAACGAUGGUCGCGACAUUUGUGUCAAAAGCGGCGGAUUGGUAUACCACCAUUUGUUUGCCAAAAGUCAUCACCGAGCUUCGAAAAAUCAACCCCGGAAGAAGAAUCAUCCUCCACCAAGACAAUACAAGCUCGCACACAGCCCAAAAAACAAGGCAGUAUUUAACGGAAGAAAACGUGGAAUUAUUGCACCAUCCUCCAUAUAGUCCCGAUCUAAGUCUUAACGAUUUCUUUACUUUCCCGAAAAUUAAAAACAGACUGCGUGGUCAAAGGUUCCAGUCACCAGAAGAAGCAGUUGACGCAUUCAAAAAUGCCGUUUUGGAUCUGCCAGCAAACGAGUGGAAUAAGUGCUUCGAAAAUUGGUUCGAGCGCAUGCAGAUGUGUAUUAAUCUUCGUGGAGAAUACUUCGAAAAACAAAGUCAUUUAAAGCUACCUACCGAGACUUUUCCCAGUUCUACUAACCUUAGACAGUCCAAAAAUCGGAUUAACAAAGUUUCUUUCAGCUCCUCAUAG